AUGUCAUCGCACGAGAAACUCCGUUCUUACCUUGUUACCCCAGCAGAGCUCAAUUCGGCCCUAAAACUCAAUGCCAGCAAGCUCUCGCACGAACCUCGCAUCAUUCCCCUCUGUGCAUCCUGGUUCCUUCCCAAUGACGACCGCAAUGGCUACGAAACUUUUCUUGCGCAGCACAUUCCCCAUUCUCAAUUCUUCGAUCUAGACGCUGUCAAGGAUGUGCAUUCGCCGUACCCCCACAUGCUCCCUUCCCCUUCCGAGUUCGCUGACGCAGUGAGACAUCUGGGUAUCCGUCGCGAAGACAGUGUAGUCGUGUACGAUAGCAAAGAGCUAGGCAUCUUUUCUGCGCCCCGCGUUGGCUGGACAUUCCAAGUUUUUGGUCAUCCAAGAGUCCAUGUACUCAACAACUUCCGCAAGUGGGUCGAUGAGGGAUACCCCACGGAAAGCGGCGAACCCAAGGCGCCCAAGAUAACCGAUUACGAGGUACCGCAGCUGGACGAGAAGAAAGUCAUUGCUUUCGAAGAAGUCAAAGAAAUUGCAAAAGAGUUGGGCAAAGAGGGAGCCGAUGAGGUGCAGAUCUUGGAUGCGAGGAGUCUAGGAAGAUGGAAGGGCGUCGACCCAGAGCCCAGAGAAGGUCUAUCCUCUGGCCACAUUCCUUUCUCCAUCUCUGUACCAGUCGCCGACCUCCUCGACCCCAAUGACAAGACCCUCCUCCCCGCUUCCAAGCUCAAGGCCGUCUUCGAAUCAAAGGGCAUAAAGCCUGACGUACCUAUCAUCAGUAGCUGCGGCACUGGCGUUACCGCAGCCAUUAUCGAUGCUGCCCUGACCGAAGCUGGAUACCCGACACAACAAAGGCGUCUAUACGAUGGCAGCUGGACGGAAUGGGCUCAGCGCGUCAAGCCUACUGAGGGUCUCAUCCACAAGACAUUGUAG